AUAAGAGGUAUAAGCUGACAUAUUACGGACAUAUUAGGAGAAGCACCGGGCUAGAGAAAACCAUCAUGGAAGGCAGGAUGGAAGGCAGCAGAGCGCGUGGCGGGCAAUAGUUCUCCAACAUCCAGAGCUGGAUGGGGAUGCGGACGAGGGAGCUAGAAGGUGCUGUUGGCUCUAUUGGUCGUGUGCCUCAACGGCUUCGCUCUCGCAGAGAAGAGGGCAGUUACCACCCCAACCGUGUGUGAGGAGAAGCUGAAAACACUGACACAGAAAGUAGAUAUCUUACUGCGUCAGCUUCAGCUCCAGCAGAUGUUCAUAGAGGAACGCACACGUUCGGACGGAGGAUCAGGUUUAAAACAGGCGAGAUGGAGCAAUAUCGGAACAAGGCCAUACCAUGCGUCAAGUCACAGCAUGAGUUGGGUAGCAGGAGGUAUUUACCCACAUACCCAAGCAAGGGACUAUUUCGCCACGUCAGGCACAAGUGCAGUGAUAAACGGAGUUGAGUUUCGCAUGGCUGCCCAAGGACUAAUGAUGUACAGGCCUGGUCAAACGUUCAAAAGUCCACGCCGAAGACUGCCUCUGCCGGCAGUGCCUCCACAGGUCUUAGCCAAAAAGACUGUGCCAGAACAGGUCGCCGAGAUGAAAGAAUGGUUCAAAGCUUGGAGGGACCAGAACUACCAGGUGCGAGAUUACAGGAAGUACUUCAAACCUGUUCUUUGUUACCUUGAAGGCAAAUGGCUGAAAAGUCAAGGGGACGACAAACUGCCUUUUACACAGUCCUUUUUAUCCAACGAGGAACGGGCGCGGUACCAGGCCUACAGCGGGGCCAUUCCACUGGAGAGACAUGCGUUCAAGCCGACCUCUAUCGUCGACUUUGAGAACGGUAAACCCGUGUUUGCCACGUGGGACUACAGUGUUUUGUGUCACCCCGUGAAUCAAGACAUCCCCACCAGCACCUUCCGCGUUGCUGAUGACUUGAGUAUGCGGACCGCAAGGAAAUGGACUCUGGAACACCUCUCACGACAAAUGUUCGCCAAUUUCCAACUCAAUCCAUUGAAUCGUCCGUGGAAAGAAAAUUCAGAGUUCGCUGACUCCGAUUAUGAAUUCCUCGAUCAGCUGAUGUCUCAGGUCCCGGGUCCAAAUAACUACGAUGGAAAGUUGUAUGACGACUCGUUCUCCAAACCCACACACCCAUUUACCGCCAUCGACAACAAGGCAGCAAAGCUGAACACCGCUUUUUACCACAGAUGGUCGAAGGUUUCACAGACCGGAACCGGAAGUCUAAAAGCUCGCCACAGAGGAUUCUCUGACAACACGGUUUUCAUGGCACAAACAUCACAGCCGUCGGUAGCAGGGAUGAAGGUUGAAGAUUGCAACUUUGUUGGAGGGAAAAAGGUAUGUAAAAGUUAUGAGCAGCGCUGGUCGUACGCCAUUCCGCUCUUCGUGACCUACCUUAACCCACUGGCUAAUUGGAAUCCAUAUGGACUGACCAUACACAUGAAUAGAUACAAUGAUAGGACAGUAUACGCAAAUGGGCGAACAGGCGGGUUUACAAACUCCACUGCCUACAAUGGGAUCAGCGAAUACUUUUACUUCAGCACGCCUGGUGAAUUUUUCGGAAAUCCUAAGUACGGCGAUGCAAAACCGAAGGGCGUCCUCGAUCCAAAGGGAGUUAUCCGCAGCGUGAGUAGAGGCGGGAUUAAAAUGAUAAUCCCAAACAUUCCCGGGGUAGGCGCUCUUCGGCAAACCUAUCCUAUCUUCCCAAUCCAUGGAGAGGGCAGCACUGCAUGGAAGGAAUCCGAGGCUCUGGCUGACCUCGUUCUGAGAAGGAAAACACAUGCGAAUAUGAUGGUUGAACCCUCUCAGAUUUAAAUCUGAAUCAACAAGAUUGUACACAAUCAGUAUCAAUACCAUGCAAUGUAAUUGCGCAAUAUUUAAGGAUGUGAAUAAAACUUACUGCAAGAAGUCAUACAUUGAUUUUCUUUUUUUAAACGAAGGAUGACGUGUAUUUUGAAAAAUUAAGGAGAAUCGGUCAAUAGCGCGUUAUACAUUGUAAAAACAUGGGUUUGUAAGUUAAAGGUCUUCACAAAGUCUGAUCCUCUGAUGGCGCAUUUUGGUGGAUUUCUGUUUCAAUUUCAUUAUUCCAGAAUCUAAGCUGCACUGUUUAUUAUUAGGCCCCGAAAACCGAAAAGAUAAUGAACGACACGAUUUGCCCUGCAAAUUGACUGCAAAUACAGUGUAAUGUAGUUUUCAAGGAAACAAAACUUUAUAAAAAAGCUUUUAUCCAACUGCCACAUCUCUUUUUAACAGUAAAAUAUAGUAUUUUAAUUGAUGACUUAUUAAAAGUCAGUCUUAUUUCAUAUUACUUCAUUUUGUAAGUCGG